AUGGUCGAUAUCCACUGUCAGCGCGUCAUCUUCUGUGCAUCCGCCGACAACGGUUACGCUCGUCCUGACUCACUCGGUCGACAUCGUGGUUCAGAUCGUAUAUCUCUCGUCGAAGGUCCGCCAUUCGCUAAUGAGAUGAGGCAGCUGGCAAAAGGCUUUGCAACCACUACCUUUGACACUGUGUUUAUGUCCAAGAAACUCAAGCCCACGAGGAAAGUAUCAUUCGGCGAUACGAGUUCUAUCACGCCUCCGACAACACCGACCCCAAACUAUGCCUCGGCAGCAAAGACACUGCCAGCACAGUCUGCUGCACCGGCUACAGCUCCGACAACGAAUACGGCAAUACGAUCGCUGGCCGUUUGCAUUAACGCCCAGGGACACCGCGUCGAUAGGCCCCUGAGGACCUCAUCAAAAGACUCCGUCAACGCUCUGAAGCGGAGGAAGCUAUGCAACGCGUUCCAUAUUCUCGGGUCAUGCCCGUAUAGCAAUUACAGCACUUGUUCGCAUAAGCACGGUCCGGCUCUUUCUGCACAGGAAAGAGUAGAUCUAAUGUCCAUUGCCCGUUUGUGUGUCUGUUCGAGCGGCCUCUUCUGUGAGGAUCCGAAAUGUAUUUAUGGACAUCGGUGUCCUUGGGAGAAUUGCAACUGGAAAGAUUGUCGAUUUUCGGAGGAGAUGCAUGGGGUUGACACGAGGAUUGUUAGGGAGAUUGUUUAG